AUGAUUGAUGAAAACAAUAAAUUAAAAAAAAGAAUAAAACAAGAAAUAGAUAAUAACAAUAAUAACAGUAAUAAUAAUAAUAAUAAUAAUAAUGAUAAUGAUAUAAAACUUACCACUAACGAUAGUAAUAAUAAAACUCAACAACAAUCAAAUGUUUUACAGAGUGGUUUUAUAGGUGCAAUUUAUUUAAUUGGUUUACAAAUUAUUUCAAGAGUAUUUACAUUCAUUUUAAAUACACUCGUAAUUGUUGGAGUUGAUGAUAGUAUAUUGGGAGUAUCAGCAAUUCAAUAUCAAUUAUUAUCAUCUAUUAUAUUAUUUUUAUCACGUGAAUCAAUAAGAAGAGCAUGUAGUCGUACAAAUAUUCAAGAGAGCAAAGAAAACUUAAAAUCAGUUAUAAAUUUAUCAUGGGCCAUUUUACCAAUCGGUAUUCUUUUAUCAAUUGUUUUUGAAAACUUUUUCUUGUACACCAGCAAUAAAGAAACAUUAAUGAUACCAAAUUAUCAUUAUGGGUUAAGAUUAUUUACAAUUAGUGCAAUCUUGGAGUUACUCAGCGAACCAAUGUAUAUUUUAGCACAGAAUUUAUUAUUAUUCAAAAUUAGAACUUCUGUCGAAGGUUUUGCCUUAUUUUUUAAAACACUUUCAACUUAUUAUUUCAUAGUUAUAUUAAAGUUGGGAUUAAAAGGAUUUGGUUAUUCACAAAUUUUAUAUUCAUUGGUUUUAGUUUUUGGUUAUUUUGGUUACUUUUUAUUCAAUGUUUCAAAGAAUAGCGGAAAUUCAAAUUUAAAAAUAUUUACAUCAGUUAAUCAAUUGUUUCCAAGUUUUACAACUAUAGAUAGAGGUUUAAUUAAAUUAUCAGUCAUUUAUACUUGGCAAUCAAUCUAUAAAAUAUUAUUAACUGAGGGUGAAAAAUUUGUUUUAUAUUUUUCAGAAACUAACCAAGGUCAAGCUAUUUUCGCAGUAGUCUCAAAUUUAGAAGAAACCUGUUUUUUAAUGUUCCCAAAAUUAUUCAACUCUAAUAAUAAUAAUAAUAAUAAUAAUAAUAAUAAUAAUAAUAAUAAUGGUAGCAGUAAUAGCAAUAAUAAUUAUAAAGUAGGUGCAGGUGUUUUAAUUGUAAUGAUGAAAUUUUUAAUAUUGGUAGCAUUGGUUUUCACAUGUUUUGGUCCAGGGUUUUCAGAUUUAUUAUUAAAUUUAUUAUAUAAAAACAAAUUUAAAGAUUCAAAUGCAGGUGUAUUAUUGGGAUUUUAUUGCUUAUACGUUGGAUUUUUAGCAGUUAAUGGGGUAUCAGAAGCUUUUGUUCACAGUGUUGCAAAAGAAAGUCAAUUAAAAAUUGUAAAUUUAGUUUUGGUUGUAAUUGGUGUCAUUUAUUUAUUAUUUACAUUACUUUUAUGUAAAUUAUUCCAAAAUAUUGGUAUUAUUUUAGCAAAUUGUCUAAAUAUGUUAUUAAGAAUUAUUUAUA